UCUAUGAAAACAUUUUGCGGCUUUUCGACGUUCGUUCUCGGCGAAUUUUUCAUUUAUGCUAUAAAUAUGUUACACGAACUUCUACUUGCCUUGCAUGGUUAUCCUGGAAGUAUUUUUAAUGUUCAGGAACAUGGCAAUCUAGAGAAUCCAUGUACAUCUUUGAGCUCAAUGCAGGUGGUGAAAGGUCUCCCGUUCUUACACCCCAGUGAGGUAGCUGUGUUGGAUCGAGUGUUGCAACUGGGAGCAUGGUAUAAAUGCUUUAAAGAUUUUAUAGAAAAUUACAAGUUUGCACCUAAUGUCAACAAAACUUCAGGUGAUAAGGAUGCAAGAUUUCUACGUGGUUUGUACCUGCAAGCAUUUUGUGGUGGCCUGGAUGAGGUGCUAGAACCGUAUAGGUGCCAGCUGCUGGAACUAGAGAAAGACUUCAUGUCAGACCCUCACCUUCCAGUCUCACAUGUCCAACAGGCACUGCAGCAAUACUACCUACUAUUUCCAGCACUUCACGGAGUAAUUAUGGAAAUACGUGCUAAAAAGGUGCAUGGUUGCUGUAUACUAGACAUUGUCCACAAAAAAUCCAUUAGUGGGUCAGAACUUGUCAGUUCAAACCUUAAGAGGAUACUUCAGGUGUGUCACAGUGUGUUGUAUCGGCAGACAACAGCAUGGGUAUUGCAUGGUAUUCUCAUGGAUGAGCAAAAAGAGUUCUUCAUACAGGAGCACCAGCCUCCACCAUCCAGCAUUCAGGCGGGAGGCUUCGGAAGGACUCAGACGCCGGACAGACAAGCUACGGUGUCUCCCGCGGGGCCACUACUCGUCCUGCGACCACAGAGAUGCUGCCUGCCUACAUGCCGCUGCGCGUCGCCCGAGAAGAUCCUGCUUCAAUCGGCGAACGACUCGCCGUGCACAAUGUUUGACGGUGGUCUGCUGACCGUCUUCCGCAGUCAGGAAGACAGUUUUGCUCAACAGCUGCUGCAGCUUCAGCAACAGCCGGAGUUCUCACUCGCUGACUUUGAGGCUGUCAUUGGGAAAAUCAGAGCAUGCAUCGCAGAGCGGCUGUGGAAGCUCGUCGUGGAGGAGGCCGACCUGCUCACGCACAUCCAGCUGGUGAAGAACAUGUACCUGAUGGGUCGAGGCGAGCUGUUCCACGCGUUCAUCGACACCGCCGACAACCUGCUGCGGGCGCCACCUAGCCACACGACCGAACACGAUGUGAACAUGGUGUUCCAGCAGGUAGCACGGAACAUCGUCAUGGGCGAUGACUCCUUCCUAGAUGCCUUCUAUCUCACAGUGCCUGCACCUGAUAACAAGCGCCAGGACGAUGCAGGUGGAACUGAGACUGGGUGGAGCAGGCUGGGCCUUGUCUAUACAGUAGAUUGGCCUCUACACAUAUUGUUUAGCAAACCUGUGCUAGACAAAUACAACAAGGUAUUUAAGUACCUGAUGUCGGUGCAGAGAGCCCACAUCAGCCUGAAUAGCUGCUGGGCGAUGCAGAAGCAACAGAAGCAUCAUAAGUGUCCUGGUAUCCUAGCAACCGCAUCAUGGCAGAUGCACAACCACAUGUCUUUUCUGGUGAACAAUCUUCAGUAUUAUUUGAUGGUUGAUGUUUUAGAAACACAGUUUGCAACACUCGUUAGCAAGAUUCAGUCGACGAAAGACUUUGAAGCCAUCCGACUCGCUCAUGACUCAUUUCUCACCAGUAUUCAAGCACAGUGCUUUCUGCUACUAAAGCCAGUGUCCUACUGUAUUGGUGAAAUAUUGAAUCUCUGCCAAUCAUUCUGUACUCUGACUAUGAGCAGUGCUGUCCCACCAACACAGAGAGAGCAUGACCAGCUGAACAACAUCUCACAGGCAUUUGGAAGGCAAACAUCUCUAUUGUUUAAGAUCUUGUCACGUGUACGAAACCAUCAGUCCAGCCCACAUCUAGCACAGUUUCUCAUGAGAAUUGACUUCAAUAAAUUUUUCACAGGCUCUGGUGGGCAGCUAGGAAGUGCUCAGGUGAACCCAAGGUCAACCGAAGGGCGAUCUAAAAUUAAGAGCAUUGGUGGCCUAUAAUCGUCAAUGAAGUGAAAGAGGUUACCUGGAAGGAACAAACAGGUGAACAAAUGCAGGGCAAUUUACUGUUGCUGCUGUUACUGUUGUUGCAGCACUGCUCUUGCUCCAUUGCUGUACUUAUUUUAAAAUGGUGUGAAUUAAUGCUAUAUUAGCAUGUUUACUGUAGAGAUAAUGUAAAUAUAAUUUACUUCUUUGUUGUCUGCUAUUAAAUGUAAUAUACCAGGACCAGAGAAAUCUAGAAAGCUUAGAUUUUUAAAUAAAUGCAUAAAAUUAGAUGCCUUUAAAAUGUACUUUAAAACAACAAUAUUUUAAUCCAUAAUUUUCAUAACAAACAUAUUAAUAAGCCAUUCACAAUUGUUAAUUUCCACAACUGCAUACUCAUGACCAACUACAAGUAUACAAAACAAGAUUUUUAUCAUUUAAAUACCUUUAUAAAAGUGUAUAAUGACAACUUGAGUACUUCUCUUCAGCAUACAGUUUGCAUGCUCGUGACAAUGGUAAUAAUUGUGAUUACCCCCCCCCUCCACAAGAUUUUGUUGCUAUGACAAUUAUCCACAUCUUUUAGUAACAUCAAUUUGUGGAGAAAACUCUGUUCAUACUAAAUGUAUAUUGUUACAUGUUUAACUAAAACAGGAUAUUCAAUUUGCCAGUCAUUAUGCUUGGCUAUUGCUCAGCUGUCUUCUUUGUUUAUAAGAGGAUAUUUACUUUGUACAAUUAAACAAAUGUCUAAGCUUACCAUGCCAAAUUUUUUACAUCUGCCUAUUACAAUGGGAAAAAUAAAAAGGCUUUUCAUUAAUAAA